AUGAUUUCUACGGCAACCGAUGAUAAGGUGGCGGAAAGGCUCUGGGAGUAUAGCUGCGUGUUAGUGGACUUGGAGGCCGAUCCAUUCCUUAUGGAGUUCGUGUUCAACCAGCACAUCCCGGCCCCCGUUAUCAGGCGAUUGUACAAUGACUUUGAAAGUUGCGAUAUAACUGGUCGUUUUCUAAAGUCAUACGGAAUGAAAGCCCUUUUAGUAUACAUAAGUUCAUUAAUUCUCGGGGUUUAUAACUCUGAGAAUUUAAUUCCCAUUACUCGAUACGACUGUAACUUUGAUUCGGGAGACCUGUGUCAGUGGACAGACAUCAGUGCCGGUGAUUAUGAAUGGGUGGUUAGAAAACCUAUGGGAGGGGUAUUGCCAUCAGUUGACGGGUCAGGACGUACUUCUGGCAAAUUUGCUAUCAUUGACACCCAUAUGAAGGACUCAAACAUAGCGGCAGUGCUCACAACGAGUCCAUUAGUGGCCACUAAACCAAACUGUGUAUUAAAUCUGCGGUACAGGAGUUACGUACCGACCAGUUAUAUCGCAACUUUCAAAGUCAUUGUACAAUCGCCUGAUAACGGGGGCCGGGAUGUGCUGGUUGAACACGAACUCCAUAAGGAAUGGACUACUCUAACGGCAAAUAUUGGACAGUUGGCUGAAGGUUCAAGAGUUCAAUUGAGUGGUUAUGGGGUGACCUAUCAGAAUGACCCUCCUUAUGCUGAUGUAGAGCUUACCAUAACCAUGUUAAGUGCCUCAGUUCAUAAAUGUUUAAAGCGAAUCAACGAAUAA